AUGCCUGUCCAGAUUCCUCCCGGCGGCACUAUUGUCGACACCUUCAAAAAGUCCUUCGUCGAUGUCCCCGUCGACGCUGACAACGACAAUGCUAUUGCUACCUCCGAGUUCCUCGACGCCACCGAGUCUCUCGUAACCAUCUUUGAUGUCCUCGGUGCCGUCGCCUUCUCCCCCGUCAAGUCUGACAUGCUCGGCAAUGUCAAGAAAAUCCGUGACCGCCUCCUUGCCGCCCCCGCCGAAUCCAUGAACCUCCAAGACCUUGUCCGCAAUGAGAUCAAGACCAAGAAACACACUGCAUCCGAGGGCCUCCUCUGGCUGACCCGCGGCCUCGAGUUCACCUGCAUCGCCCUGAGCCAGAACGUCGCCAAACCCUCCGAGGAGCUCGCCGACUCCUUCCGCAGCGCCUACGGCACCACCCUCAAGCCCCACCACAGCUUCAUCGUCAAGCCCAUCUUCAGCGCCGCCAUGAGCGCCUGCCCGUACCGAGCCGACUUUUACUCCAAGCUCGGCGACGACCCUGCCAAGGUUGCCGAGCAGCUCCGCGUCUACCUCGUCGCCCUGGAGAAGAUUGUCGGAAUUCUCAAGGGCUUCCUCAGCAGCAAGGAUGCCAAGUGGUAG